AUGGACCAAAGAUCUGAUCUCCUGCAAGCAGCAUCCGAUGGAAAUCUCAGGGUUUUCCAAGAACUUACAGAAGAUGAAGACAUCGAUUACUAUAAAGACCAAGAUGGGAAUACCCUCUUGUCAAUAGCAGCGAGAAAGGGGCAUACGGACCUUGUAAAGCUACUGCUUGCAAAGGAUGCCAGACCAAGCAUACGAAAUCCGGAAGGCAAAACUCCGCUCGAUUGCGCUGCCGAGAAUGGUUAUAAGGAGAUAGUAGAGCUUCUACUCAACGAUAAAAACUUUUUCAACUCCGAAUUCCGAGAAGCAGUUUCUGAGACAGUAUUGUCUGCUGCUGCAGGCGGACAUGUCUCUCUCUUGAAACAUCUGAUCCAAACUUAUAGUUAUGACUUACAACAUGAACAAGCUCAGAUGAUGUUUCACAGAGCUGCGGCAAGUGGCCACAAAGAAAUUGUGAAGCUGUUGCUUGGAGGAUAUAAUAUCGAAAUCAAUGGGACAGACGACAGUGGCAACACUGCGCUGUAUCUAGCCGUACAGGCCUGUCGUGAAGACGUGGUACGAGUGCUCCUUGAGAGACAGGAUAUCGAUAUACAUGCAUAUUCUACAGGCGGAUCGGCAUUUAGUGCGGCUUUAGAUUUGGGCCGUGAUGAUUUGGCUGAGAUGCUGUAUGCAAGUGACAGAGCCGGUAGGAUAAACGGCCAGGGAGCAUUGUAUCACGCUACAAAGAAAGACGACACGAAGACAGUGAAGUGGCUGCUUUCAAAGGAUGAAGUCGACUUCAAUGCCACAAUCAGCCCUUCGCUGUAUUACACACCAUUGCACUUAGCUUCAAGGAAGGAUUGUACGGAAACCGCAAAGCUGCUGCUUGCGAGGAAUGACAUUAUGGUUAAUAUUAAAGACAGCUUGGGAAACACACCAUUGCAUAAGGCCGCAUACAAAGGCCACAGAGAAAUGGUAAAGCUGCUGCUUGCGAGGAAUGAUAUUGAUAUCAAUGCUGAAAACAACUCUAAGGAAACACCAUUGCAUAUGGCUGUGAGCAAUGGUCAUGCAGAAACAGUCAGGCUACUCCUUGAGAAUAAUGGGGCGAAAGGUUGCAUUAUAACAUCUCUACUAUCCGUUGCUGCGAAGAAAGGCUACACAAAAAUAACUCAGUUACUCCUUACCAGGAUUGAAAGUGGUAUUAACUCUGAAAUCGAUGGUAGUAAAACGCUACUACAUAUAGCUGCAGAAAAUGACCAUAGAGAUAUGGUGAAGUGGCUCCUCGAGGCGGAUGGCAUCAAUGUCAAUGCUAAAACCAGCGAUGAUAAAACACCACUGUUCUUGGCUUUACAAAAUGAGCAUGAAUUCAUAACUGAGCUGCUAAUCACCAGCGAUGAUCUUGAUCUGAAAGCAACUGAGUUUCGCAGUGGUUACCUCAUCAAUCAGGCUGCAGAGAUGCGGUGGCAUGAUGUGAUGAAUCAUGAGCUAGCUAGGGAAUGUAAUGAAUAUCCUAGCCGAACUCCAUUAACGCGGUACUCCGAAAACGCCUAUUUCGAAGCUUUGAAAUAUUUAUUGGAAAGAGACGACAUUGACGUAAACUCAAUGGACAGCGAAGGUCGAACGCCGCUCUCACGGGCUGCAGAGAAAGGGCACGAGGAAGUCGUGGCGAUGUUACUACAUUACUGCGCUGACUGUAAUUUCAAGGAUAGCGAUGGUCGAACACCGCUCGCGUGGGCUGCAGAAAACGAGCACAAGGGAAUUGCGGAGCAACUCGUACCCCAUGACACUGCAACGUUGCUCCUUUUAACAAGAGAGGGGAACAAGAGGGCGAUAGACUUUAUAUUGUGCUACAAACCACUCAGCCUAGAGGAGAAAGACGAUUACGGCCAAACUGCCUUGCAUCUCGCCGUGUCAUUGGGACAUCAGGACAUUGCAAGAGCUCUGAUGUUACAAGGAGUUGACGUCAACUCCAAAGAUGAUAAAGAAAAGACGCCACUCCAGCUAUCCAUGCAACGCAGACACGGGGAUGUCAUUCAAGGAUUACUGGCGUUCAAGGCUAACCCAGAGGGCAUCACAGCCGAAGAGUGGCGCAAAGCAUUUAAAAAGCAGAGUGAAGACAUGAUUCUAUUGUCCAGAGGACUUGACGGUGAGCAUUAUGUCAAUUUUCCCACGACAAUCUUGACGGGCGACGCACAAUUGCAAAUGUCUGCUAAAAUAAAGAGCCAUCUGUAG